AUGCUGGGACCCCCACCCCGCGGAUCCCCGGGGAGGAAGGGCGGCCCCGAGCAGGUGCUGCGGGCCCGGAGCCCCCCGCCCCACACAGGCCGGGACCCCCCCGCGGGGGGCUCGCUCCGGGCCCCUCCCGAGCCCCCCGGGGCCGCGGCGGACCCGGCGGUGCAGAUCGAGGGCAACCCGCACUGCUGCUUCUUCAACUUCAGCCCCAAGAUCAUGUUCACCAAGGUGGUGAAGGCGCAGCUCUGGGUGUACCUGCGGCCGGUGCAGCACACCUCCACCGUGUACCUGCAGAUCCUGCGCCUCAAGCCCGUCACGGACGAGGGCAGCCGCCACAUCCGCAUCCGCUCGCUCAAGAUCGAGCUCAACUCGCGCUCCGGCCACUGGCAGAGCAUCGACUUCAAGCACGUCCUGCAGAACUGGUUCAAGCAGCCCCACAACAACUGGGGCAUCGAGAUCAACGCCUUCGACCCCAACGGCAACGACCUGGCUGUCACCUCGCUGGGGCCCGGCGCGGAGGGGCUGCACCCCUUCAUGGAGCUGCGCGUCCUGGAGAACAACAAGCGCUCCCGGCGGAACCUGGGGCUGGACUGCGACGAGCACUCCACGGAGUCGCGCUGCUGCCGCUACCCGCUCACCGUGGACUUCGAGGCGUUCGGCUGGGACUGGAUCAUCGCCCCCAAGCGCUACAAGGCCAACUACUGCUCGGGCCAGUGCGAGUACAUGUUCAUGCAGAAGUACCCGCACACGCACCUGGUGCAGCAGGCCAACCCGCGCGGCUCGGCCGGGCCCUGCUGCACGCCCACCAAGAUGUCCCCCAUCAACAUGCUCUACUUCAACGACAAGCAGCAGAUCAUCUACGGCAAGAUCCCCGGCAUGGUGGUGGAUCGCUGCGGCUGCUCCUAGAGCCGCGCUGCCU